CCGCACGCGCCUUAUAUAUAAUGAUUCGAAUGGAUGUGGAUAGAUUAUACAAAUUGGAAUCAUUCAUUCAUGACAGUUGAAGCGAACCAGUUUAAUCAAUUGUACGAAAUUAUUGUUGUUUGAAAAUUAAACGAUGACUCAAACAAAUAAAAAAAGAAAAUGGGAAGAGUUUUUCAUGGGAAAUGCUUUUCUUGCUGCUAAACGUAGUAAGAAUCCAAAGACACAACUUGGAGCUUGCAUAAUAAGUGAAGAAAAUUAUACCGUUGGAGUUGGAUAUAAUAAUAUGACCAAGGGAAUGGAAUAUUUAGAAGGAAGCAAUAUUAAUGAUUCAAAUCUGUAUGAAUGUCACGCUGUACUCAAUGCGAUUCUCAACAAAAACAAAGCCGAACUGAAUAAUUGCAAAAUCUACGUUAACUCAUUUCCAUGUAACAAAUGCAUCAAAUCCAUUUUACAAUCGGGGAUAAACGAAAUUGUUUAUGCUAAAGACGGAACUGGUAUAAAUCCAGUUUCAAAAAAAAUGCUGGAUGAAGCAAAUAUUAAAUACAGACAUUGGCAUUCAAUGUCGGAAGAUAACAAAAUUGUGCUUUCUUGUAGAAAAAUGGAUUUGUAAAAUAUCAAUAAUUAUAUAUCAAUUAUGGACAGAAAGAUAGAAAGAAAGA